AUGGAUUUCGACGAUCCCAUGUUCGGAGGCGAUGGCGAUCCAACUGCCGAUUAUCAUCCAGAUGAAGAAGAUGAACCUCCUCCCCAUUCCUCUCCUUGUCCCGGCUCUCCUCGUCACUCCUCUCUUGAAUAUUCACAUGCCGAAUCCCUCAAGCGCGGUCGACAGACGUUUGAAGAGUCAGAUGACGAAGAAGACACCCUACGCAACAUCGAUAAUCAAUCCAAGUUUUCUCGUUCGCAGCCUUCAACCUCGAUUAACAUGGAUAAAGGUGUGCUCGGCGUUGAAAUCCUCUUAUCAUCUCGAUGA